GUGCGUCUCCAUAGGACUGGAGAGGACCUGUGAGCCACCUCCACCAUCUUAAGUUUGCCUUAAUCGUCUCUCCCCCAAGCUCUAUCCUCUGCCGUCUCUCUGCCUCCCGCUCCCAUUCGCUCUCGAAGUAGGUAGACGAUGGCGCGCCCGAGCACUAGUGUGUUGCUGGCCAUGGCGCUAGUUUGCGUUGCCCUCUGCGCCGCGAUCCCAUUCGUCCAUGGUCUCCGCCGCCUGACAUCGGGGUGUGGCGGUUGUCCGUCGUCCUGCGAGACGGCGCUGAAGGGCUGCGAUUUCUACUUCUAUGGUCACCAGAACAACGUGCCGAAAAUCAAGCUCAUCCGUAAGGGAGACAAUACCAUCUACGUCCAAUGCGGCCAUAUUCUGCACCGAGAUGGGUACGACACUCGCCCCGUGAAGGUCGUGAACUCGGCAAGCUGCGCGAUUCUCAAGGGCCAGAAGUGGAACACGAAUGCGUGCCAGCAUCGGCUGUACGGCAAUGGCAGGCACCUCGCCUCUCGCGAGUUCAACGUUGGCAAUCCCAGCGACUUCCUGAACGCGUGCAUCAAGGUCCAGAUCAGCGCGGCGCAGUAUGAGGACGGAGGAAACUUCAACAACGGUCACAAGAACCCUAGGGCCUGCAUCGUGGUGAAGACGGAGCAGACCUUCGGGUAACUGCAGUGGAUCGGCCGAGACUCUAGAGAAGAGUGUUUAGUUACGGAAAUCAUACUCUAGAAGACGCUUCCAAAGAAGGGAAGCAAAAAAAAACUAGAAGACCUGUAGAUAGGGUAGGGUAGGGUAACGAGUAGUCACGGCAGGCAUGUAGGCGAGGACACACACGUAUUGACCCCGCAGCAGGAGGUUGGUAGAACUCACGCAUGAAUGGUGAAUUAUAUAGUAAGUGCACGAUUACUAGAGAAGAUGGGAUCGCUAAUUGCUUGGGACAGAGGUUCUUGAAAAUCGCACGAUUCAUAUCACGGGGGAAAAGCUGUAUAUAUACAUUCUUAGAUGUAUUAAGGACAUUGCACCACAGUCACCACUUGUCACAGGUUGCUGGUACGGUUUUAGAUAGUUAGUUAGUUAGUUAGAGAGAGAGAGAGAGAGCACUGAAUAGUGUUAUCAGGUGAGGAAGAACUGAUCUUGCAAAUGAUUUCUUAAUAUGUAGUCAGAAGUUGAGAAGUAUGGAAGCAAGGAGAAGAUUUCUACUCGUGGUUUAGGUGUUCGUAGGAUCCUCCUCUUCCUAAAUUAUGAUCGUGCAUUUGACUUCAUACAAUAUUCGACGACCUGCAGUCGAAACAGGUUUCUUCACGGGUAUUUAAACUC